AUGGUUGUGUGUCAGUCGGAUCAAGACCAAUCGAGGGCCAAAUGGACAACAUUUUGCACCAAAAUAUUUGCAGAUUUGCUGGUUGAGCAAAUACGGAAAGGAAAUAGGAGUAGCGGUGCUUUUUCAAAGUUGGCUUGGAAGAUUAUCCGAGAUGAAUUCAAUAGGCAGACUGGUCUCAAGUUUGAUAAACAACAAUUGAAGAACCAUCUCGAUGUUCUGAGGAAGAGAUACAAUUCUGUGAAGGCAAUUCUUGAUCACCCUGGCUUUACUUGGGAUGCUUCUCAGUCUAUGCUCCUAGCUCAGGAUGAUGUAUGGCAAAAGUACAUUGAGGCACAUCCUGAGGCUGACACUGUCAGAAAGAGGGGCUGUGAUAUAUAUGAACAGCUAUGCAUUAUCUUCUCAUCAGACUCCGGAACCAAUGUAAAUCAUGCCUUUAUCGUUUUAGGAACAGCCGUGCAUCAGAUAGAUGAAGACCCGCCCAGGGCCAAGUGGACUCUGCCUCUUGAGAAGAUAUUUGUAGAUUUGAUGCUUCAGCAGGUUUUUCAAGAGAAUAGGUCGAACAAUGCUUUUAGCAACAAAGCUUGGAAGUAUAUACACCAUGAAUUUAAUAGACAAACAAAGUUAAAUUAUGAUAAGCAGCAGUUGAAAAAUCAUCAUGGUGUUUUGAGAAGGUGGUACCACAGUGUAAAGUCACUUCUUAAUCAGGAUGACUUUAGUUGGGACAAGUCUCGAUGCAUGGUAAUUGCUGAGAAUGAUGUGUGGGCAAAAUGCAUCGAGAAGCAUCCUGAAGUUGAGGCAAUAAGAGUCAAAGGAUGUCCGCAUUAUGAACAGUUAGACAGGAUAUUUUCAGAGUCAGGCAGUUCUGGAAAUUAUGCUUUCCCUGAAUCACAGACGGCUGCUUCAAAGAUGGAUAGUCCGCCUAGUGAAGAUCAAUUCAAGCAAGAUCAAUCAAGAGCAAAGUGGUCAGCGCCACUGGAUAAGAUACUUUUAGACUUGUUGAUUGAGCAAACUGGGCAAAAUAAAAUGUCCAACAAGAAAGCAUGGAAACAUAUACGGGAAGAAUUCAAUUACAAAACAGGUUUGCAGUUUGAUGGUGAACAGUUGAGGAAUCACCAAAAUGUUCUUAAAAGGUUGUACAACAACAUAAAGUCGGUUCUUGAUCAAAGUGGUUUUAGUUGGGAUAAUUCUCGAAAUAUGGUAAUGGCUGAUGAUGAAUUGUGGGAAAAGUACACCAUGGCACAUCCUGAGGCUGAAACAAUUAGAAACAAGGAGUGCCCAAUUUUCAAACAGUUAUGCGCAUUAUUUUCAGAGUCAAAAGCUGAAAAGACAUACAUUCUCUCAAGUCAUGAUGUGAAGCUGAUUCAACAAACAGUCAAUGUGGUGGGCACUCCAGAAACUGCUAGUGUUUCUGCUGAACCUGAACCUGCAGUCGAUGAGGCAUCAUCGCGACUUUCUGAAGAAGUGAAUAUGUCUAGUGGAAGAAAUAAGCGGCGGAUUAAGACACAAACGCUCAGCUCAAGUCGUCAGAGGAGAGUGUGUAGGGAAACUAGUAACACAAACGUGGAUGCUGUUUCCCAACAUGAGGAGGUUCCCUCAACAAACAAGAGAGCAGCAGGAGCAGCUGCUGUAGCGCAUAGUGGUGAUCGAUUCUCAAUAUCCAGUUGCAUUGAAGUAUUGAAUGAGAUGGCAGGGGUUGAUGAAGAGCUUUAUCUGGCUGCUUCAGAUUUGUUCCAGGACCCUGACCGGAGGGAAACAUUUAUAUGCAUCAAAAGUGAGAUCAAAUUGGCAUGGCUUAAGGCCAAAUGUAAACAUCUUUUGUAG